ACGUUUGGGGGAUAUUUGUCAGUGAGAAGAUCACAACACCCAAUCGAAACUCCUUUCUCUCUCUCUCUCUCCCUUUCCCUCCCCUUCUUCUCCACACUCCUCACAUAUUAACAUUAACACACUGACACACACACCACUCUCAGGUGAUCCUUUCAUUGCUUCCUCAAUCCCCAAACCAACCUCAAAUGCAAGAAAUACAUUCCAUCGGCGCUGGCGGUACCAGGUUCUUCGGCGGCGGAGGCGGCGACCGGAGACUCAGGCCACAUCUCAACAACAACAACAACCAGAACAACAACCAAGCCUUGAACUGUCCUCGCUGCGACUCCAUCAAUACGAAAUUCUGUUACUACAAUAACUACAACCUCUCCCAGCCUCGUCACUUCUGCAAAAACUGCCGUCGGUACUGGACCAAAGGCGGCGUCCUCCGUAACGUCCCUGUCGGUGGCGGUUGCCGUAAAUCCAAACGCUCAAACAAGCCGAAAAACUCUUCCUCAUCGGAAAUCGCUGAUUUGCCGACUACUCCACCGGAGCCGGAGAACAAAUCGAACUCUCACUCGAGCAGCGAGAGUUCCAGCCUCACCGCGGCAGCGGUAACGGAAGCAGUCUCAGAACCAACGCCACCAAACUCCAACUCAAAAAUCAACACCGGUUUGGAAAACGAUUCACUGGAACAACCAGGAGCAGGAGAUUGCGGUAUUUUCUCAGAGAUUGCAACUUUCACAAGCUUGAUCACUUCCUCCAACGACACAUUGCCGUAUGGAUUCGGUAACGGUAACACUAACUGUAACGUUAACGGUUUCACUGAUGCUUCGUCGUUUCACUGGCAACAUCAAAAGGUGAUGACUGUUACCGGCGAUCAACCUCAUCCACACGAAGAUGCAUUGAAGUUGUUACCGGAGAAUCUCGGUACCGGUGGUGGCUCAUCUGGAUCGUUGAUGGACCACGGUAUUGAUUUCUCUGGGCUGCAGAGCAAAACUAGCAACGGUGGAUUUGGAUCGUUGGAUUGGCAUGGUGCAGAUCAAGGUUUGUUCGAUCUUCCUAACACCGUUGAUCAUGGUUACUGGAAUCACACUCAAUGGCCUGAUCAGGACCAGGAUCAGGAUCAUUCCACUCUCUUUCAUCUUCCCUGAUAUGAUUAUCAAGCCUCUCAACUCAACUCAACUCAACUUUACUUUUCAUCAUUUUUCACUUUUUUUUUAUAAUUAUUAUAAUAUAUUUUAACUUUAAACAAUAUUUGAAAUCAAAACCAAAGUUUAAAAAAUGAAGAUGGAAGAAUUGGGUAUAAUUAAUCAUGAUGAGGUGUAUAUUGUUUUUUUCUUCUUUUUCAUUUUCAAAUUUGGGAGGUUAUUAAGCUUGAUUUUAAUUGCUGAUGUGCAUGCACAACUAACUUCCAUGUUAGUUUCUCUAUCUGAUUUUUUUUUUGAAUUUGUUUUUAAUAUAUGUUAUUAUUAAAUGUAUGUGGUGGAAUUUGAUUGUUCAGAGAAAUAUAGAAAAAUAUAGUAUUUUUAAUGUA